AUGGCCACGAAAGAGACGCCGUCAUUCGUCUCCCUCCCCCCGGAGAUUCGGGUGCAGAUCUACCAACUUUUACUCGAUUACGACCUUAACGGCAAUUAUAGCUACAAACACGCACUCGCCCUCUUUCGACUCAGCAAACUAAUCAAUCGCGAGGCAAAAGAAGAGUUUUUCAAACUCAACAUCUUUGUCCGGGUCGAAGCUGUGUGGCCCGAGAAAUUUGUAUUUGAGCGCCAUGUCCCCAUCGUCCUCAAGGACCAGCAGGCAGAGCGCUUCGCAGAGCACAGCCUGAGCGUGUUCAUCACGAGCUGCAACCCCGAACCGCGUCGGCCACAGUACUCCGUCGUGCUUCGUGUCGGCGAUCUUGACAACUUCAUACUCACGUGGUUAGGGGCGCGACUUCCAAAAGAACGCUUUAAUGUCGAACUGCGCCUUCGUAACCGUUGUGCUACGGCUUGGGACGAGACAAUCACAACCGAGAGGCUGCAGCGGAGGCUACUGAUGCCCUUUGCCAUAUUCAAGCCUCGUCGGAGCCUCGUUAUCACGGGUGAGCCAACGCCACUCCCGUCGGUCACACAAGAAUUGCACGCCGCGCAGCUCGUUCGCCUGCCCACGCGAGAAGAGUGCCUGACGAAAGCGACGGCGCUCAAGGCCACAGGCAACGAGGCAAUUGGACAGGGUGAUUACCAUAAUGCCCUGGAGAAUUAUAGAGAAGCCUUGGACGCGAUAUACUACAUCAUCAGGGGCGGCCAACAAUAUAAAUACUACCCCUUCACGGUGCAUGGUCACAUGAUGGAGCCGUGGCUCGGCAGAAAUUGGCAGGAUGAGAGAGAAAGACUGUACCAUGAACUUAUGGCAAACAUAUGUCAGGUACUUUUGAAAUUGGAGCACUGGAAUAAAUUGAUCGAAUGGGGUACGCAGAGUAUCUCACCCUUCAGAAGGGGAGGUUGGCGGCCAUCGCCAGAGGUUGAAGCUGCUCGUGGUCAAGGUUUUCCUGGUUUUAUAUCAAUUGGGAAGAUCUACUACCGUACUGCCCUAGGUUACAAGGCACUUGGGGAUGAGGUCGAGGCUCUUAGUCUACUUGAAGUCGCGCAGGUAUAUUUACCACAUGAUAAGCUUAUUAGGGAGCAUAUUCAAGCAUGUAAAGAACUCAUUGCAUUGAGGUCAACUCAAUCUUAG